AUGCGUUUCACUCAGUUCUUCAACUACCUUGCUGUCGGCUCCCUUGCCGGCAUCGCGGCUGCCGCUCCGUUGGGAACUCGGACCCUGGAGGUCGAGGCGGGAGAGCACUUGGCCUCCCGUUCCACCAACGCAGUGGUGACCGUCAGCGCAUUGGCUGUCUCUAGCGUCAACGACAGUGUUGGCAAGAGCUCGGGCUCGAACUCUUACAAGAAGUACACCGGCGAUGGUUCGACGGCUGAUGGAUGGCCCGCCAAGUCCGACUGGCUUUCCUUCGAUGCGAUGUGGGAGGCCAACAAGGAUUCUAUCAUAGCCAAGUCAUGUUCCAACAAUGGCUGGGGCCAGGACAACUCGGCGACCGAGACCGCAAACAUCAAGAGCGCCAUUGAGAAGGUCGCUAAGGAGUCCAAGGUCGAUCAUCGCUUCAUUCUGGCCGUGGUUCUGCAGGAAUCCAAGGGCUGUGUCCGGGUCCCGACUACCGCCAACGGUGUGGGCAACCCUGGCCUCAUGCAGAGUCACCAGGGUACCGGUACUUGCGCUGGAAAGAGCACCUGCUCUGACUCGGAGAUUGUCCAGAUGAUCCGCGAUGGAGCUAUCGGAACUUCCGCCAGUGGUGGUGAUGGCCUCGCUUCUCUCCUGGACCUGGCCGGUCGGACUGGUGUUGCAGCCUACUACCGUGCCGCCAGACUGUACAACUCUGGCAUAAACUCCCUUAAGUCCACCACCAACCUGGACCUUGCCUCCGGCGCCACUUCUUGCUACGCCUCUGAUAUCGCCAACCGUCUCACUGGCUGGACGACGGCUACCUCCAGUUGCUCUAGCUGGUAA